UCACCCAGAUACUACAGUAGUGCUCCUGAAGCACGGUCAUUACGGUAGGCGGCUGUGUCGCGAGAUCUGGUAAGGGAGAUCGCAACUACGCGGGAGCCUUCAGUUAUUCUCUGUGUCCGGUAGCAGCAGCAGCAUCCCGGGCAGGCAGGCGGAGAGGAGGCGAGGCCUUAAAUCCCAGCCAAGAUGGAUGAAAUUGAGGACAACACCACAGUCCUCUCCACUCUCCGAUCAUUCAAUAAGUUUCUUUCUCAGCCGUUUGGAGGGACUCCCCCCAGUGCUAACACUUCCAACACAAGCGGUGCUUCCUUACAGAUGCAGUUCCAACACAGGCUGCUGCAGGAAGACCAAGCUGCACAGAUCCGUUCGAAGUCUCACCUAAUUCAGGUGGAGCGAGAAAAGAUUCAGAUGGAACUGAGCCACAAGCGGGCUCGUAUCGAGCUUGAGAAAGAAGCCAGCACUAAUGCCACUAAUUAUGAGCGAGAGGCCGAUAAGAACCAGGAUCUUCUCAGCCGCAUUAAGGCGUUGGUGGAGAAAGAAGCCGAUUUCCAAAAUAAGUUACAGGAACAGUUUGAAAUGAAUAAGUCCUAUAAGAAGACCAUAGAAUCGCAGAGCAAGAAGCUGCUAGAGAAAGAAAACAAAGUUGCAGAGGCUAAUGAGGCCAUCAGUGUGUUGAAGGGUUCGGUGUCUGAGCUUCAGUUGAAGAUAAUGAAUCAGGAAAUGCAGAUAAAAACCCAGGAGAUGGAGAAACAGGAGAUGAAGGAGCAGCUGGAUUUCCAGAGCAAGAAACUGCUAGAUGGAAAUCAAACAACACAGACAUUACAGGAAUUGCAGGCGCUAAAUGCUGACUAUGAAUUAAAGAUCAAGACUCUGGAACAGAAGCUGUCUUCCCAGGAACAUGAUGCUGCCGUAGUAAAGAACAUGAAAUCUGAUCUGGAAAAGCUGCCAAAGAUUGAGAAGGAGCUGCAGCAACUGAGGGAAGAGAAUGCUUACUUCAGGGAAACUAGAGAAAAUAACGCCCUGUUGAUGGAAGAGAUGGAAUCACUACGUAGAGCAGCUGAGCGCAGUGACCGGGUAAAGGAGGAGCUGGUCGGAUUGGAGCUAGAUAAAGAAAAAAUUCUUAAGAAAUUGAAAAGUUGGGAAAACCUGGAACAAACAACUGGUCUCAAUAUCAAGACGCCAGAUGAUCUCUCUAAACAAAUACUUGCUAUACAGCAGCGGGAGAUUAAGCUGAAAGAAGAGAACCUGUCCACUGCUAACAGUGCGCGGAUGGUGGAAAGUGCCCGGCAGAAGUUGCAAGAUGAGCUUCUGAAAACACAGAAUAGUUUCCUUGAAGAGAAAAAGAGAAGGGAACAGCAGGAGUCACUGGUGAGGCGCCUGCAGAAGAGGGUCCUGCUUCUCAGUAAGGAACGAGAUGGAAUGAGGGCGAUCCUGGAUUCGUAUGACAGCGAGUUGACCCCAUCAGAGCACACACCUCAGCUCAGCCGCCGUCUUCGGGAGUCGGAGGAGAUUCUGCAGAGACUACACAGGCACAGUGCUGAGAUGGAGACGCAGCUGUCUCAAGCUUUGGAAGAAUCAGGGACACAGAAGCAAAGAGCGGAAAUUUUAACAGCAGAACUUAAACUCUUGAAAUCUCAGAUGGGCACGUCUGAUCAAAGCAUCUCCAUAACAAGUGAGACGGUCAACUCUCUCAGGCUGAAAAUUGAGGAGCUUGAAGCCGAACGUAGCCGUCUAGAGGAGGAGAACAAAAUCCUGGAGAUGAGGUUGGAGAGACUGUGUCUUCAGGGUACUUAUGAUCCAGGCAAAGUAAAAGUGAUCCAUUUCAGUAUGAAUCCAGCCAGUAAAGCGCAACAGCAGCGCAAGGAUGAGGCGCAGAGUCUGCAGGAGGAGUGCAUUAAGUUGAGAGAACUUGUCCGCGUUUUGGAGGGGGGAGCCCCCGUUCCUGACAAACUUGAGGCAGCGGGGAGCAUCCAGGCUGCCACACAAGAGGUUACAGAGCUGAAGAAACAGGUGGAGAGUGCAGAACUGAAAAACCAGCGACUGCGUGAGGUGUUCCAAACCAAGAUCCACGAGUUCCGUACUGUGUGCUACAUGCUGACUGGAUACCGCAUUGAUAUCACUACUGAGAACCAGUACCGGCUGACCUCUAUGUAUGCCGAACAGAAGGAUGAUAACUUACUCUUCAAGUCAACCAGCCCAUCCGGGGGGAAGCUGCAACUGCUGGAAACGAACUUCUCCAAGACCUUGCAUGACUUCAUUGAUCUUCACUUGCAUCACCAGAACAGCAUCCCAGCAUUCCUGAGCGCCGUCACACUUGACCUCUUUAGCCGUCAGACCUUCACCUAGCCUCACCAGCUGUAUUCUGAUGCCUCUUAAGCCUGUGGUUUCUAUCAGCGCACAUAAAAACCUUACUAUGCAAUACUGCCUUUACAUACUGAAGCAGUUAGUGUUUUCCCUCCACAUUAUAGAACAUGAAUUGCGUGUAGUCCUUUCAAUAUUACUGGAUGUGUUGACAGCAGCCAGACUUUCCCAAUUAAUUGCAUUUUGUAAGUGAAUAGCAUAAAAUCCACGUCGUCUUGGAAAAGGUUUCCCAGAGAGAAUUCCUAUUUUGUUUAAUAGUAGUAUAGUGAUUACAAUUUUUUUUUUCACCAUUUUUAUUUUUUUCCAAGCAUAUCCCAUAUGUAUACUUUGCUGGUGGGGCAAGUAUAUUUUAGCAGGGACUGUAUAUCUGCACUGCCUUUUGUCUGAGGACCCACGUACCACCCCACUGAAGCUCCAAGUCAUCCAUGUUAGUAAUUGGUGCAAUCGGUGGAAGCAAAGUUUAGGUCCUCUGAUCUAGGUACAGUAUUGGCCGUGGAGAGCAAAGUUUAGGUCCUCUGAUCUAGGGGCCUAAUUCUGAGUUGAUCACAGCAGGAACUUUGUUAGCAGUUGGGCAAAACCAUGUGCACUGCAGGGGAGGCAGAUAUAGCAUGUGCAGAGAGAGUUAGAUUUGGGUGUGGUGUGUUCAAUCUGCAAUCUAAAUUGCAGUGCAAUGAUAAAGCAGCCAGUAUUUACCCUGCACAGAAACAAAAUAACCCACCCAAAUCUAACUUUCUCUGCACAUGUUAUAUCUGCCUCCCCUGCAGUGCACAUGGUUUUGCGCAAUUGCUAACAAACUUGCUGCUGCGAUCAACUCAGAAUUACCCCCUAGGUACAGUAUUGACCGUAGCUGGAUACUUUUGCCACAGUAUUCAGCAAUAAAUAAUUAAUUAGAAGAGGGGGAAAUAUGAUGAAAUAAUAAUAUACCUCUCUGCACCAUGCGUAGGUUAGGUUACUGCUGAAUUCUGCAACAUCCGUGUUCUGCCCCUAAACCCUGUGUCGCCUAAUAACUCAACUGCAUACAUUUUUGUGUCAACUCCCAACAUAAAUCUAGAUCGUAGAAAGCAGUGAAAGUAAAAUACUAACUGGAUUACUACACUGUGUAUUUGAAUGACUAAAUAUGGAGCAGUUACUAUGUUGCUGGGGUGUAUGUACUAUGCCCUGUGUAGAUGAUGUCUGUAGCUUGUCUGUGUCAGCUGGCUGUCGUGGACUCUGUAAGCCAAAUGCUGAUCUCUCAGGAAUGGAAUAAGACUUUGUUUAACUGUAGCCUUUCCCAACAUCAAUAAUUGAAAAGGUUACAAUGCGCCCAUUUAUUAUGGCAUUUAAGCUGCAUCGGAUUUUACCAAAGGCACAUAUGCAACAGCUUGAUUUCUUAUCAUGGUCUGCCAGUGUCACAUCUAUAAAAUAGCCUGCUGACUCCCGUCUUUGGGGUGUGCUGAUAAUGAUGAUUAUUAACACUGUUUAUCAAUGGAGACCUCCAGCUAUAACACAUCUGACCUGCUUAUUAAGGAAGUGUAAUGUCUGUUAUUCACUAAUAAAACAAUCUGUACACUA